CGCAUGCAGUCUUGUUUGUAGUUCACCGGCAGAGCGCCUUACUCCCCAUUCUUCCGCCUGCAUACUCAGUACUCAGCCUACUUCACAGCCCCCAACAUCAGCCUAGGGCUUACACAAGGCUACCAUCAUGGCUAAUUACGACAACUCCUCGCGAGACGUGUCGCCGGGUCCUCGACGCCAAAGGGCUCCUACCAUAACCAUCGACACGUCCGCUGUUAAUCCCAACGACACGAACAUGGGUGAAUCUGCCCCCCUAGGCGACCUACAAAACAAUAGAAUAAACACACAACUCAAUGCCGAUAACAACAUCUCACCUAAUCAGUCGCCGUUGGACGCGCGCAACACAGCCUCGUUCGAAAACAAGGACAUCAAAGCGACGUCGCCCCAUAAUGUUUCCGCGCCAUGGAAUAACGGACAAACUUUUCUUUCAGUUCCGGGUUCGCGAUCUCGCGGCAACUCCAUGGACUCGUCCACUGAGAAUGGCGAGGCUACUAUCCCCUCCUCUCAAGGCGAGACAAUAAGGGGGGAUCAAGGUCCUUCAGAUAUUCUAAGCGACGAUCAAGCGCUUGUGCCCGAUCCAGGGACAGAAGCGGAUUUUGCCGUCGAGAACAACAAGUUCGCCUUCUCCCCUGGACAGCUGGGCAAACUGUACAACCCUAAAAGCUUAGGAGCCUUCCACGCUAUGGGUGGGUUAGACGGUCUAGAAAAGGGUCUGAGAACCGAUAGAAAAGCUGGUUUGAGCGUCGACGAACAUCAUCUCGAUGGUACUGUCACGUUCGAGGAGGCGACUCUCCCAACUGCUUCUCAAAACCCCUCCAAGGCUGAAGUCUACGGGGCUACGGGUACCGGUGCUGCGCCGAGUGGACCGGAUUCUUUUGCCGACCGUAAGCGCGUCUUCAGCGACAACCGUCUACCCGUUCGAAAGCCUAAGAACAUCUUCCAGCUCGCAUGGAUAGCCUACAACGACAAGGUUCUCUUGCUCCUUACCGGAGCCGCCGUUAUCUCACUUGCUCUUGGUCUCUACCAAACGUUUGGUGGUGAACAUGAACCUGGCACGCCAAAGGUUGAAUGGGUCGAGGGUGUUGCUAUUAUCGUCGCUAUUGCUAUCGUUGUCGUCGUCGGUGCCGCCAAUGAUUGGCAAAAGGAGCGACAAUUCGUCAAGCUGAAUCAGAAAAAGCAAGAUCGCUACAUCAAGGUGAUGCGCUCUGGCCAAAUCCGAGAGAUCUCUGUUUAUGAUAUCUUUGUUGGAGACGUUGUCAAUCUGGAGGCCGGAGACAUGAUUCCCGUUGAUGGUAUCCUGAUCCAGGGCCACGGCAUCAAGUGCGACGAAUCUUCUGCUACUGGUGAAUCUGAUCUGCUCAAGAAGAUGCCAGGAGACGAGGCUUUCCGCGCCAUCGAGGAGCACCGAAAUCUGAGGAAGGUCGACCCGUUCAUUCUCUCUGGUGCGAAGGUCUCAGAGGGUGUAGGAACAUUCAUGGUUACCGCUACUGGAGUCCACUCGAGCUUCGGCAAGACAAUGAUGUCUCUUCGCGAGGAAAGCGAGGUCACUCCUCUGCAGGCCAAGCUGAACGUUCUUGCAACACAAAUCGCCAAGCUCGGUGGAGCAGCUGCCUUGUUGCUCUUCAUCGUCUUGUUCAUUGAGUUCCUUGUAGCGCUCAAGGGCAGCAGUGAUACCCCGGCGCAGAAGGGCCAGAACUUCCUGGACAUUCUUAUCGUCGCCAUCACGGUCAUUGUCGUUGCCGUUCCUGAAGGUUUACCUCUUGCUGUCACGCUUGCCCUGGCCUUUGCUACCACACAAAUGCUGAAGGACAACAACCUCGUUCGAUUACUCCGAUCCUGCGAAACCAUGGGCAACGCAACUACCAUCUGCUCCGACAAAACUGGUACACUUACUCAAAACAAGAUGACUGUUGUGGCCGGCUCUCUGGGAACUGCUCUUCGCUUCGGUGAUCACAAGCUCAAAGUUUCUGAAACAGCACAGGGCGAUGUCACUAACGACAAGGCUACUGUAGAGUCGCCUGUUGAUGGUCCCAACGAUGUGUCCGCGCCAGAAUUCGUAUCAACCCUCAGCAAAGACGUGAAAUAUGUUCUUGAACAGUCCAUCAUCCAGAACACGACAGCCUUCGAGGGCCAGGAUGGAGGGCCCGACCCUUUCAUUGGCUCCAAAACGGAAACCGCUCUCCUUGGAUUUGCACGCGAUCACAUGGGCAUGGGCAAUCUUACCCAAGAGCGCUCAAACGCCAAUAUCGUCCAGGUCGUGCCCUUCGAUUCAGCGAUCAAGUGCUCAGCAGUUGUUGCGAAACUCGACAAUGGCCACUAUCGAAUGUACGUUAAGGGAGCGUCCGAGAUCCUUCUAGGCAAGUGCGACAAGAUUGUCACCGACGCGGCGAAGCAGUUGACUGAGGCUCCUUUGACUGGGGAUAACCGCGAAGCACUCGAACACGUCAUUACCACAUACGCCUCGCGCUCCCUCCGAACCAUUGGCCUAAUUUAUCGCGACUUCGAGAGCUGGCCCCCUGCAGCAGCACGCAACGAGGAAGACCCAAGCCAAGCCAUCUUCGAACGAGUUUUCGCAAACAUGACCUUCCUCGCUAUCGUUGGUAUCCAGGACCCGCUUCGACCUAGUGUCCGUGAAGCCGUCAAGGACUGCCAGGGUGCCGGUGUAUACGUUCGAAUGGUGACUGGUGACAACGUUCUUACUGCAAAGGCCAUUGCUGAAGACUGUGGAAUUCUCGUUCCCGGCGGUGUUGUCAUGGAAGGCCCCGUCUUCCGCAAGCUAUCUAAGAGGGACAUGGAUGCUGUCAUCCCUAAGCUCUGUGUUCUUGCCCGUUCCAGCCCUGAGGACAAGCGUAGGCUCGUCAAGCGUCUAAAAGAGUUGGGCGAGACUGUUGCGGUGACUGGUGAUGGAACAAACGACGCUCCAGCGCUCAAGACCGCCGAUGUUGGUUUCUCUAUGGGCAUUGCUGGAACAGAGGUCGCUAAGGAAGCAUCCGCUAUCAUUCUUAUGGAUGACAACUUCGCCUCUAUCGUCAAGGCUCUGCUUUGGGGCCGUGCUGUGAACGACGCCGUCAAGAAGUUCUUGCAGUUCCAGAUCACAGUCAACAUCACCGCUGUCUUGCUCACCUUCAUCUCUGCUGUUUCUAGCUCGGACCAAAGCUCCGUCUUGACCGCUGUCCAACUUCUCUGGGUCAACCUCAUCAUGGACACCUUCGCUGCGCUCGCCCUUGCCACCGAUCCACCCACACGAGGCCUUCUCAACCGGAAGCCGGAUCCCAAGUCUGCUCCUCUGAUCACAUUGAGGAUGUGGAAGAUGAUCAUCGGGCAAGCUAUCUACCAGUUGGUGGUUACACUCAUCUUGUACUUCGCUGGCAACUCUAUCCUGGGAUACGACACUGAAGAAGAGAGGGAUUCUCUGUCGACACUCGUCUUCAAUACCUUUGUGUGGAUGCAGAUUUUCAAUGCUCUGAACAACCGUCGUCUCGAUAAUCGCUUCAACGUUUUCGAGGGUAUACAUCGCAACAUCUUCUUCAUUGUCAUCCUGGCUAUCAUGAUUGGUGGUCAAACCUUGAUCGUUUUCAUUGGUGGUGCAGCCUUCUCUGUCGUCAGGAUUGAUGGCACACAAUGGGGCAUCUCCAUUGUUCUGGGUGUCCUAUCUCUCCCUGUUGGUGUGAUUAUCCGUCUCAUUCCUGACGAGCUCGUCGCAAAAUGCAUUCCCAACUUCUUCAAGAGGAAGAGCACCCCAGAGCUUGUGUUAUCCGACGACGACUACCAAUGGAACCAGAGCAUGCUUGAGAUUCGGGACGAGCUUGCCUUCAUCAAGAAGGUUCGUGGCGGACGCCUUAACAACCUCAAAUACAAGGUCAAGCACCCCAAGGAGAUCUUCCAUAAGUCGCGCCCCAGCUUCUCGGCACCAAGCACUCCCAACAAUGGUACGGUCGAGGAAGGCGCACCACCGACACCCGACUCCAAGAGCCGCAGUCGCAACAGGUCUCGCUCCAACUCUGCCUUUGGGCCGGCGGCCGUCAUGGCUGGUAUUGUCGCAGGAAGUGUUGCUGGUUGGUCUCCCUCGAUUGGCGAUGGCGAAAACGACUCGAUCAGGUUCAGCCGCAACGCCGUGAAACAAGACCUCGAAUCCCAGCAGGGUGUUCAAGUUCACCCUGGAACCAACGCCACCGAACCCAUCCUCGCCCCCCCGCCCACCGAGUAUCGCGGCCCUCCAAGUCAGAACACGGAGACGACGCCCAACUUUGUGACUGGGCCCUUUGCCGGCGAUGCAAAGCCGGCUGAUACGUUGAGAUCGUGAAGAUGAUGAGGAAGGCGCUUUUUUUCUUACCCUUGCUUUAACACUUUGAUACCUCCCACCUGUUUUGUUUUGGUUUGUUUUGUUUCCCAGGCUUUCCGCCUUUCCAGAGUCUGUACACGGUCAGAUCCUUUUUUUUUCGCGCACUGCUGUAACGUACAAUGCAUCGCAUCGGCGUAAUGAGGCCUGUCUGCCAGCAACGAGACGUUAUUGUCCAUACCCGGCUUGGCUUCUUUAUAUCCUAGUCUGUUUUUUCGCGUGUGUCUACCGAGCGAAGCAAGCUCGGCAAUGUGUAUUAUUGCAAUCCUGCUUUUUUCUCUCUUUUUUUCUUUCAGAGAAUAUGAGGGUGCUGUUUGGGCGGUGGGGAGUGCAAUGCAAUGGAAUGAAUAUUUGGUAGAGGUGGCUUGAAUUGAAAAGAUUAAAACUCAACAGAAUGUGUCAUGGGAGUUGUGAUGUGAUGUUAUGUGGUUUC